AAGGUGGGUGCAGCCUCUCCUGCCCACAUCCACCCCCAGAGCGAGGAUGACGGUGGCACUGCCCAGCCUGGCGCUGGCCCUGCUCUGCCUGCUGUGGGCAGGGGCCGAGGUCUCCGUGCAGCCAGACUUCGACACCGAGAAGUUUGCAGGGAUGUGGUAUGUCACAGCCACGGCUUCCAACUGCUCCAUCUUCCUGAAGAUGAAGGAUGGGAUGAAGUCGUCCAUCACCACCAUCAACUUCACACCAGAGGGGGAUCUGGCCAUGAAGUUGGUCUGGCCCCUGCUGGACAAAUGCCAAAAGUUUGAGCUGCUCUUCCAGCAGAGCAGGCAGGCAGGGCACUACAUGGCAGCACGAGAGAAGAGGGACCUGCUCGUGAUGGAGACAGACUACGACCACUAUGCCAUCCUGCACGAGGCCCAUCACAGCGAGAGAGAGCCCAGCACCACGCUGCAGCUCCUCAGUGGGUGUUGGAGCGGGGACAGGCACCCACAGCUCCGAGAAGGGAUGGGGGCACCAAUGGGGAGUGGGGGCUGGGCUCUCCACCACCAUCCAGGGCCACCACCAGUACCCAAUGUCCAGUACUCAGGGAAUUAAUUUUGGGGUGAAUGAAACCUUUCACCAAAGAUAUCUCUGGUUGGUUGUGGGUUGAACCAGACCUCCUUGCAGUGUGCCAGCCCAGCUGUGGACCCCCAACCCUGCCAGCCACCCCAAAGCACCCCAGGCAGAUGGGUCACUCAUCCCAAGGGGCUUGUGCCCCUUUGCUGCCAGCCCAGGGCACUGUGGGUUGCCUGAUGUCCACUCUGCACCUUCAUGGCUUCACCUUAGCCCUUGUCUGGGGCCCAAUCACUGCCCUGUGGUAGCUAGACUCCUGGGGUGGGGCUGGCUGCCAGGACCCCCUGCACUCACCAGCCCC